CCCUGCACUGCCAUGUUGGAUGGAUCUGGCUCAACGCUCUCUGACGACCGGACUUCCCAGGAAAGUUUUUGCCGUGUUCCGUCUUCGUUCGGUUGCUCCAGGCUUGACCUUAUUUUGAGAAGCUACAGGACGACGCACUCCAUUCCUAGUCAGCAUACAUUUUUUUGGGCACCGCAGUCUCGCAGAGCCACGGGAAGAAUCCUAGCCGGUGUGAAGGGACGGAGGCAGGCCACGGAUGACCGAGGGAUUGUUUAUGUAUCUUUUUGGAUCUAGUAUAACGAAUUAAGAGUCGGUGCAUACUUUAUCAAUUGGUCAGUAAUAAUGAGUGGACAUCCGCCGCCACGGCGGCAAACAAAUGUCGGUUCGAUACUUCUGACACCGAUGGAAAAUGACUGCCUUUUUAGCUACCUUGGCAGGAAAUGCAUCACAUUGUCUUCAGCGGUGGUCCAGGUUUUUACAGCAGAUCGAAAUGCCGGCUGGAACAAGAGGUGCUGCGGGGUGGCCUGCCUGGUCAAAGACAACCCCCAGCGCUCCUACUACAUCAGGGUCUUUGACAUCAGGGACGGCAAGAUGAUGUUUGAGCAGGAGCUCUACAACAACUUCAGCAUACACCUCCCCAAACCUUAUUUCAUUACGUUUGCUGGUGAUACGUGCCAAGUGGGCCUGAACUUUGCCAGUGAGGAGGAGACCAAGCGUUUCCGCAACAACUUGUCCGAGUUGAUUGGGAGAAGACAGAGGAAAAAUGAGAAAAGACGAGACCCUCCAAAUGGACCCACGUUGCCCAUGGCUACGGUGGACAUCAGAAACCCGGAGAUCAGCGGUCAGCGUUUUCACAACUCUCAGAUGAACAACCUCGUGCAUUCCUCCUUUGGCAAGAGGGACAAAAAGGGCAAAAGCAAGAACAAGAAGAAGUUGACCAAAGCAGACAUCGGCACUCCCAGCAACUUCCAGCACAUCGGGCAUGUGGGAUGGGAUCCAAACACGGGCUUCGACUUGAAUAACUUGGACCCGGACCUGAAGAACCUGUUCGAUAUGUGUGGCAUCUCCGAGGCCCAGCUGAAAGAUAAGGAGACCUCGAAGGUGAUCUACGACUUCAUUGAGAAGAAAGGAGGCGUGGAGGCCGUCAAGAAUGAGCUCCGGAGACAAGCUCCUCCACCUCCUCCGUCCAGAAGCGGGCCUCCUCCCCCACCCCCACACCACAGCUCAGCCCCUCCACCCCCCCCUCCCCCUUCCCGUGGUGGGCGCAGUGCCCCACCGCCUCCGCCCCCCUCCAGAGCUCCCGUCUCUGCCCCCCCACCUCCCCCUCCGUCCCGACCGGGCAUCGGGCCCCCCCCCCCCCCACCCCCUCCCCCUCCUCCUGGGCCUCCGCCCCCAGCCCUCCCGCUCUCCACGGAGGCUAACGGCGGGGACGGCGGCCUGCCGUCGCCAGGCAACAAGUCGGCGCUGCUGAAUCAGAUCCGGGAAGGAACUCAGCUGAAGAAGGUGGAGCAGAAGGAGCGUCCGGUGUCCAGCACCGGCCGCGACGCGCUGCUGGACCAGAUCCGACAGGGAAUCCAGCUCAAGCCCAGAGAGGACAGCUCAGAGCCCACGCCGGCCCCCCAGACCCCCUCAGCGGGCAUCGUGGGGGCGCUGAUGGAGGUCAUGCAGAAAAGGAGCAAAGCGAUUCACUCCUCAGAUGAGGAUGAUGACGAUGACGACGAUGAGGACUUUGAGGAUGAGGAUGAAUGGGACGAUUAA